GAGCAGGCCGAGAAUAUCUUCGAGCCUCGGCUUCUCAUCCUAAUCAUAUCAUUUGAUCACCAUGGCUAAGCGUGGUGGCAGAAAGGGUGGCCGUGGCGGCGGUGCGCGCGGGCAGCGCCAGAACUACGCGGAUAUUCCCAAAACGAAUGAGAAGCUCGAGCGCUUUUAUACUGAACAAGGCUUCAUUCCGGAGGAGGAGAGAGAAGCAUUCUGGGAAGCUCUGCGCAGGGACCUUCCCAACAGCUUCCGAUUCACUGGUUCAAAAGGACACGCCCUUGCUGUCCAGGAAAAGCUCAAGAAUCACUAUAUUCCCGAAAUCACCUCGAUCCAGUAUGAGGGUAACUUUGUCGAGCCGCCACGCCCAAACGUUGUCCGGCGAUUCAAGCCUUUCGCCUCGUUUCAGAAGUUCCUUGUCGCCGAGACGGACGUUGGUAAUAUCACUCGACAGGAGGUUGUGAGCAUGAUUCCUCCACUGCUCAUUGACGUCAGACCUGGCAUGACUGUUUUGGACAUGUGCGCCGCACCGGGAAGUAAGUCAGCGCAAUUGAUGGAACUGCUUCAUGCGGGAGAGGAAGAUGCGAUGCGCCAGGUCGCGCAGCAAGUGAAGGAAGGGACGGCAGCGCCGGAACCUAUGGGGCCCGAGGGUCUCAACGACGAUGGCAGAACCACUGGUCUUCUCAUCGCCAACGAUUCCGACUUCAAACGUGCACACAUGCUUGUCCAUCAGAUGAAGCGACUGAGCUCCCCGAAUCUGAUUGUCACCAAUCACGACGCUACUAUGUAUCCCUCCAUCAGACUGCCUCCUCUCCCAGAGCAAGACGGCAAGCCCCAGAAGAACAGAUACCUGAAAUUCGACCGCAUCCUUGCCGAUGUCCCUUGCACCGGUGAUGGUACUGCCAGGAAGAACAUUAGCGUGUGGAGAGAAUGGGGCCCUGCCAACGCCCUGGGUCUGCACGCUACACAGGUUCGAAUCCUUGUUCGUGCUUUGCAGAUGCUGAAGGUUGGUGGACGGGUAGUCUACUCCACUUGCAGCAUGAACCCUGUUGAGAACGAGGCUGUCGUUGCUAGUGCUAUUAAUCGCUGCGGAGGCUCGGCCAACGUUGAAAUCCUCGAUUGCAGCAAUGAAUUGCCCGGACUGAAGAGAGCUGCUGGCGUGCGCACAUGGAAGGUUAUGGAUCGUGAGGGCCGUAUGUACAACAGCUGGAAAGAGGUCGAAGAGCAAAGGGAGCGUGAAGGCAUCAACGGCCUGGGCCGGAUCGGCGAAGGCAUGUUCCCGCCUACCGGAGAGAAUGCGGACUUGCCUCUUGAGAGGUGCAUCCGCGUCUACCCUCAUCUCCAAGAUACCGGCGGUUUCUUCAUCACUGUUCUCGAGAAGAAAUCUGAGAUUCGCGCCAAGCCGGAAGACUCCUCUAAGGUCAUCCCCAAGGCCUCCAUUGCAGCUCUGACUGAGGAGCUGGAUUUCAAGCAGAAGCAUGGAAACACGCGCCCUCUUGAAAAGCUCGACGCCUUAGACGACCUGGUUGCCCCCGAUAAAGAUGCCCAGUUGGAGAUGGAUAAGAGCGCUUCUGUUGCUGAAGCGACACACCAAGUGCCCUACUUCGCAACGAACCAGAUUUCUCCUGCAAAGAGAGAUGCAGAGGACAUGGCAGAGGACAUGGAAGAUGAAGUCCCAUCCAAGAAGACUAAGGUGGAGGAUGGUAGUGAAGUAGUACUGGGCGAUCGUCCAAUCCACCGUCCUCCGCCCGAGGCAGAAGACCCUGACGUCUCCGAGAGCACCCCUGCUCCACUCCCUACGGAGACCCCUCAGCCUGAGUCAACCGAGACAAAGCCCCAGCCUCCGCAGAAGCGGAAGCCGGGCCAGCCGAUUGAAGAGCCAUUCAAAUAUCUGGAUCCCAACAAUGAGGAAAUCGACCCGAUUUUCAAGUUCUACGAGAUCUCCGAUCGGUUCCCACGUGACCGUUUCAUGGUCCGCAACGCGCAGGCGACCCCCACGAGGACUAUCUACUACACCAGUGCAUUGGCGCGUGACAUCCUGAUAGCUAACGAGGGACAUGGCAUGAAAUUCGUGCAUUGCGAUGCACAGCGUCCCAACACCGAUGGGUUGCGCAUCCUUGAACCCUGCGUGGGCCCUGGAAGGGCUGUCGUCCUGACCAAGAAGGAGACCUUGCGCAAACUCCUCGUAGAAAUGUUCCCCAAAGAUCUUGGCGAGAUUGGCGAACGUGUGCGGGAUAUCGAAAUGGGCUGUAGCAUUUUGUAUGUUCAGCCGGAGGAGAACUUUAGUGAACACAUGGUGCUCCCUCUUUGGCGGUCGGUGCAUUCGGUCAACCUCAUGCUUCCCAAGGAAGAGCGCCGCGCUAUGCUCCUACGUAUAUUCAAUGACGAGCCUCAGCUUUUGAACAUUACUCAGCAAGGCACGCCUCAGUCGUCCACUCCAGUAGUCGAGACGAAUGAGGAAGACGUGUCUGGCAUGGCUCCUACGGAAGCGGAAGAGAAUGCCCUGAAGCAGGAAAACCUUGCAAUAGGCGAGGAUCAGCAGGAGCAGGUUGAUACUCGGGAGACGUGGACCAAGGCCGGCGACGAAGAGGACCGGUUUAACACAACUGUAUAAAUAUCGCCAUGACGAGUGGUGCUUCACAUUUAGUCUUCAACCCGGUGUUUGGGAAAAG